UAGCUGGAAUUGAGUUGAAGCUGGUGAUGAGAGUAGGUGCGCUAGUCACAUGUUUCAUUGCCUGCCACCUCCUUUUGUUUUGUCCUCGUAAAAUAGCCCUUGUCUAGGGCGGAGCGGCGGAGCAUCGGGUGUUAGUGACUCAAACGGAAUGAAUAAACAGUAAAUAAAAAUGGAGUCAGUAAUAAACUCUACCAUGCUCACACUCGCUGGCUUCCCAAAAUCCAACCCAUCAAUCCACCACCAAAAAACCGUCAAAGCUCGACGAACAGUUUUCUGCUCCCUCAGCGUCUGCAGCAGCAGCAGCAGCAAGAAUAGUAACAAUGGAGGAGACGCUAAUGGCUUACUUAAAGAAGAGGAGGAAGAGAAAUUUAAUGACAUUUGGCUGCUUUUUAAAGAAGCUCAGCAGAAUAUUCUUUACUUAAACAAACUACGCCUUGUGGCUGUUGAAGAGCUCAAUAAAGCAAACAGAGAGAAGCAGUUGUUGCUUGAUAAAAUCCAGCAAUUGGAGGCUGUCAACAAAUUAGGAAAUGAGCAGUCAUUGUGGCGGGAAUUGCUGCUUCGGAUUGACUCAAUGGUCCUAACUGGCUUGAUUGAUUCUGCUGAGGCUUCUGGUAUGAGAAAAGCAGUCAUGGGCAACAAGUUUAGUGUAGCUCUUGUUUUCUUCGACAUCCGGCAGAAAACUGAUGCUGAGCUUCUGGCACAACUCCGUCACUUCUCCGAUGGAAGCAGAAACCUAAACAUAACAAUUUGUUUUGUUGGGUUUUUUUUUUUGUUUGAUGCUUUCAGAUUUACCUAUUUCUCUCGUGCUUCAUUGGAUUAUAUAGCAAAAUCUGGAAAGCAGCCUGAUGUGUUGCACAUACACAAUUGGGAAACUGCUAUCGUCGGGCCACUCUUUUGGGAUAUUUUUGUUAAACAGGGGCUUGGAGGUACCAGAGUAUUGUUGACAUGCCAUGGCUUUGACUCACAAUGCCUUGAGCAACCUGAUAAGCUAGCACUGUGCGGACUUGAUCCUGCUAGACUUCACCGUCCUGACCGUUUACAAGAUCACACUAUGACACAUCUUGUCAAUAUUCUGAAGGGUGGACUUGUGUACUCAAAUAAAGUUGUUAUGGUGCAAUCUAUUUAUUCAAAAGAAAGGAUCAUUAAUAGUUUCAGUCACGGAUUAGAACCUACCUUAGCAAUUCACAAGGACAAGUUGCUUAUUUCUCCUUGUGGGUUUGACAACUCCAUCUGGGAUCCUUCAAAGGACAAAUUUCUUCCAAAAAAUUAUAGUGCAGAUGACCUAAAGGGGAAAUCCAUUUGCAAAGUUGCAUUGCAGCAGCAGCUGGGGUUAUCCAAAAAUUCAUCUACUGUUCUUGUAGGAUGCAUCUCUACAGAAUCUUUGGAUUUUGAUCUGAAUAACCAGAAGGCUGUUUGGAAUGCUACACAAAAGAAUGUCCAGGUUUGUACAUGUUUUUGGGGUCUUUAUUUCUUUGAAGAGAAUACAGAGCUUAGUGCUGAAUAUUGGAGAAACUCCUUACUAGGUGGUGAAAUGAGGGUCCUUAAGAAAGUGACAAUAACAGUGAUUCUCAAUUUUCCUUGGCAGCCGCAUGAAUCAUUCAUCUUCAUGGGAAGCAAAACGACAAGUGCAGAUGGAGCACUGGAAUAUCUUAAGAAAGAACUAAAGGAUGAAACUGUGAGAUUCAUAAACAAAUAUGAUGAGGCUCUAUUGCAUCUGAUCUUUGCAGGUUCAGACAUAAUCUUGUGCCAAUCUUUUCAUGACCCUCUACUCCAAGUGCCUCUGAAAGCUUUGAAAUAUGGAGCAGCUCCGGUUGCAGUAACAUCCAAUGAGAACAAAUUCAGACAUUUUGUAGAUCAUGAACAAGAGACCACUAGAUUUUCACGGUUCAUUAGCUCUACCUUUGGAUAUUUGUCUUUGAGCCAGGCUGUAGAUGAAAUUAAGAACAGCCCAUCAAAAUGGAAGCAGAAGAUAGUAGAUGCCAUGGCUAAGGACUUCUCAUGGAAUGCAGAGUGCUGUGACGUUCAUGUUUCUGCAUACACGGCCCUAAAAAGCUUGUGAAGUUAGUUGUACUUCUCUAAGCACACUUCUAACGCCCCCCCGCAUUUAGGUAAAUGAUUUGGAGGCUGUAGAGCAAUAUCAGCUUUGGUAGAACGUGAUGUGUUGAGGCUUGAGUAUCAAGGGGGCUCAGAUCAUCAUCUGCAUAGCAUUCACACAUCUUCAUGUCCAUUGAUGGCAGUUUUGGAUGUAUACUACUGUGAAUAUGAAUAAUCUCCUAUACCUGUAAUUUCCUCCAAAUAAAUCAAAUUUAUGCAAACAAACCCUAAAAAAGCUAUCUAAGAAAUGAAGUUUUAAUUAA